AUGAGUUCUGCCUCCAGCGAGCCGAGCAGUGAGGCCCCUGGCGAGCGACCCAGGCUGGGGCUGGACACGGUUAUCCAGAGAUUGGAGGACAGUGUCCUGGGCCCCAUGGCCAGCAGAGAGGACCGGGUGCUGACCAUGUCUGGGGAAGGCAAGCGGGGGUCGCCAACCCCCGUCCCUGCCCGCAUCCGGGAGAUCGUGACCAGCAGCCUGGGCGAGGAGCCCCCCCUGCCUGCAGGGCUGCCUGAGCCCCCCGCCUCCCCUGCUGGGGCGCAGGAGGACUACGAGCUCUUGCAGGAGGAGCUGGUGCGGCUGGAGGACCUGCUGGCCCAGGCCGGUGCCGAGCGGGAUGAGCUGGCCACCAGGUACCACGCUGCCAGUGAGCGGCUGCAGGCCCAGAUGCAGACCAGCGAGGCCCGGCUGCGCAGGUCAGAGCUGGAGCACAGCAUGGACCUCGAAGAGGCCCUGGGCCGCCUGGAGGCCUCGGAGCAGAGGAGCGCCGGCCUCGCCCAGGUGAACUCGCUGCUGCGGGAGCAGCUGGCGCACAUGAAGAAGGCCAACGACACGCUGUCGGGGGAACUGGCCCGGACAGCGGGCAGCGUGCUUCGCCUGAGGGACCAGCUGGGGCUCCGGGAAGCUCAGCGGCAGCUCAGGAGAGAGGUGCCUGCCCCGCCUCCACCUGCUGGGGGUGGGGCGACCUGUGGCACAACAGAACAAAACAUUACCCGGCCCCGCUCCAUCGCCAUCACCGGCCCCACAUUUGAGCCCAUGGUGGCAGUCAGUGUCACGCCGUCUCCUGGUCAGAUGUCUCUUGCUGUCCAGGCCUGGCAGGCUCACCCUGGGGAGGCCCAGGGCCUCCUGCUCCUGUGGAGGCAGGCCACCUCGCUCCAGGUACACCUCGCCGAGCUCCGAGCCUCCACUGAGAGGGGUCUUGCUGACACGCGGGCUGAUAUGGCCAGGACAGCGCGGCACCUGCACACGGCCUGCCUGAACCUGGACUCCAACUUGCGGCUGUCAGCCCGAGGCACAGCCAGCACGCUGGAGCAACGGCUGAGGGACAAGGUGCAGGGGCUGCUGGCUAUGCAGGGUGCCUGGGAUGCUGAGAAAGCAGAGCUGCAGGCCAGAUUCUCAGAGCAGACCCUGAUGGUGGAGCAGCUGAGAGAGCAGACCACCCAGAGGGAGGCGGCAGUCUGUGCCCUGGAGGAAGAGGUGCAGAGGCUGGUGGUCCAGGCAGACCUGGGGUAUCCGGAGCUGGUGCGGAGCAGCAGCCCAGAAGGCCGACCCUGGAGCCCCCUGCACACAUCAUCCCCCCGGCCCGCUGGGCUGUCCCCACCCCAGGCCCGGGCCCCAGAUACCCCCAACCCCAUCCUGCGUGCGGUGCAAGCAGCCAUAGAGAGGCAACAGCAGCGGGAGCAGGGAGGGGCUGCCCCAGAGAGGCCCCAUCCCAGGAGGGGCUGCAGGCUAAGGGCAUCUUUCUUGGACGGGAGUUGGGGAGCCCUGGCUAGCCUCACACUGCCCCUGCAGGAGCUCUGCCUGCAGCUGGAGGGCUCCCAGGCGGUGGCGGCCGGGCUCCGGGAGCAGCUAUCAGAGUGCCGCCGGCAACUCCGGGCCUCAAGGGACCUCCUGCAGGAACAGGCCCGGGAGCAGGCGCGGACCCACGAGGACCUGCUGAGCGAGCUGGAGACCCAUAGCAGGGAAGCCCAGCACCUGGGAAGGGAGAAGGCGGCCCUGGAAGCUGAGGUGGAGGAGCUGCAAGGGCAGGUGGACGUCUCAGCCGGGGAGAGGCGCAGGCUGCAGGCAGUGAACUCGGAGCUGCAGAAAAGCCUGCAACUGUGCACCCAGCAGGCCGAAGAGCUGGUGCAGCAGGAGCGGCGCAGCCAGCGGGAGCUGGACACCAGCCACUGGCGCCUGGAGCAGCUGGAGGGGCAGGUGUCCGCGCUCAGGACGGAGCUGGUGUCCGCGGGGGAGGCGAUGAGCAGUGCGCGGCUGCAGCAAGACCUGCUGAUGGGGGAGAGCGAGGGCCUGCGUGAUGCCCUGGCCCAGGCCAAGUCCAGCAAUGCCGACCUGGAACUGCAGGUGGCCCGGCUCAAGGCAGAGGGAGUGGAGCAACGGGACUCCCUGGCCAAGGUGGCCGCCCUGAUGGAGGGACUGGCUCAGGACAAGGGCACCUUGAGCCACCUGACCCUCCAGCUGGAGCAGGAGCGCGACCGCCUGCAGGAGCGGCAGCGGGCACUGGAGCGGGAGCAGGCCCAGGCCCGGGAGCAGCUGGCCCAGGCUGAGCAGCAGCUGGAGCGGGAGCGGGCUGAGCGCAGGGGCCUGCAGCAGGCCCGUGGGCACCUGGAGGAGAAGCAGGAGCAGCUAGAGGGGCAGGCAGCCCAGCUCCGGCAUGAGAGGGCCCUGCUGCAGGAGCAGGUGGACCAGGUCACAUGCAAGAAGCAGGCCCUGGAGGAGCAGCUGGCUCAGAGCCUGCAGGACCGGGAGGCCCAGAUGGACACCCUGCAGCGAGCCCUGCAGGAGAAAGCGGCUUUGUCCGAGGAGCAGGCGCAGCUGCUGGCCAAGCAGGAGGCCCUGGAGAGACACGGCCAAGUCACAGCCAAGGAGGCCUCUGAGCUCAGGGCAGAGAGGGACGCCCUGGAGGGCAGCCUUUUUGAAGCCCAGCAGCUGGUGGUGCAGCUUCGGGCUCGGCAAGAGCAGCUGGAAGAAGAAGCUCGGCAGGCUCACCGCAGGAGACAGGCCCUGCAAGUGGACAUGGAGCAACUGAAGAGCUCGGGGGAGCUCCGGGAGACCCAGCUGCAGUGGGACCUGGAGCAGCUCCGGCGGCACGUGGCACAGCUGCAACGGGACUCGCAGUUGGCCCUGGAGAGUGGGGCGCUGGCCCACCGUGAGGACCUAGCGAAGCUCCAGGAGGAGAAGGAGGCCAUGCGUCUGACGCUGACCCGUGAGAAGGAGGUGGCCCUUUGCCAGCUGGAACAAGAGAAGGAGUUGGUGGCACAAGGUGCGGCCGAGAGGGCAGCUCUGAAGGAGGACAUUCAGAACCUGAGGCAGGAGCGGGACCAGAGCCUCCUGCAGCUGGAGCGUGAGAUGCAGCAGGCCCUGUCUCAGAAGGAAGCAGAGAGGAGCCUGCUGAGGGAGGAGCUGUCUGAGGCCACACAGGAGCUGCAGCGGGCACAAUGGGAGGCGCAGGGCCGGCAGGAGCGAGCCGAGGCCACCAUAUCCACGCUGACCGAGGAGCUGAGGGUCCUGCAGGCCCAGUUUGCAGAUGCCAUCUCUGCCCACCAGGCCGAAGCCGCGGCUCUGAACACCAACCUCCGGGAGGUGGCAGCCGAACGGAGCAGUACGGGGAGGGAGGCCGAGCACCUGCGGGCACAGCUGGCCGUGGCUCAGGAAGAACUGGCCACACUGAGGCAGGAGUGGCGGGACACCCAGGAGAGCCACGAAGAGGCACGCCGGGCGCUGAGUGACGCUGCCCGAGAGAAGGACGUGCUGCAGCGGUCCAACAGGGAGCUCCGGGCCACUGUCCGCGUGGCCGAGCAGGAAAAAGCCAGCUUUUGGCUGGCCAAGGAGGAACAGGUUCAGAAGUCACUGGUCCUCACGGAGGCCGGGGCAGCCGCCCGGGAGGAGGCAGGUGAGCUCCGGGCCAGACUGCGAGAGGUGGAGAAUGCACGAGUGGAUGCCUGCCGAGGCCUCCAGGAGAUGCGAAGACAGGUGAAGGUGCUGGAGGCCGAGGCAGAGAGGAAGAGCCGAGAGCUGGCCGACAUGCAGGCCCAUGCUGCCCAGCAGGCUCAGCGCCAGCAACAGGAGCAGCAGGCUGCACUGGAGCUGCAGCAGAAGGCGGCUGCGCUGGAGAUGGCCUGCGAGGGUGCUCAGAAAGAGGCCCUGGGGCUGCAGCGGAAGCUGGCGGAGGCAGAAGCAGGCAGCGAUGCCCGGGAGAAGCAGCUGGGGGUGCAGCUACAGGAGAGCCAGGUGGCUGAGCAGAAGCUGCGGGCUGAGGUUCAGCGUGCUGCCCGGAAGCUGCGGCAGGUGGAUAGCAGGGCAGAGGUCCUCCGGACACGCCUGGACCGUGCCAGCAUUCGGAUUCAAGACCUUGAGCAGGAGCUGACCUGCGCGGAGGAUGGGCGGCGGGAUGCGAAGGCCCAGCUGGACCGUCUGUGCUCCGCGCUGCGCCGUGGGCUGGGGCUCCGGGGACUGAGCCCCUCACCCCUCGCCGAGCGUCCCAGCUCACCCAUUGAGGGCUCCGAUGGCUCCCGGGCUGACACUGGGCGACACAGGGCCAGCCCCUCCACACAGCCCAGCCCACCACUCCGAUGGCCCUCACAAGGUCCCAGGGACAGUGGCCUGGAGGUCCUGGACGCAGCCUGUGUGCGGGACGCGCUGAGAGACUUUGUGCAGAAGAUGCGGGAUGCUCAGAGAGAGCGGGAUGAUGCCCGUUGUCAGGCGGUGAGCCUGAGCGGCCGGCUGAGCGAGGCUGAGAGUGCACGGGCCCGAGCCCAGAGCCGUGCCGCACAGCUGCAGAAAGCCCUGUCUGAGGCCGAGGAAGGCCAGCGCUGGGCAGAGGGCGAGCUGAGCCGCCUGCGGGUGGCACAGGCCCAGCAGGAGGCCUCCCUCCGCAGGCAGGAGGCGCAGCACCAGGCCAGCGCCCGGACAGCCGCCCAGGAGAAGCUCCACCUCCAGGAGCAGCUAGACGCCCUGCGCCGGACACUGGCGGAGAGCAGGGCCCACAGCCAGGAACUAGCCGCCACCGGGAGGCGGCUGGAGGGGCAGCUGGCAGGCGUGGGGCGCAGGUGCCAGGAGGCUGAGGGCGCGCUGGAGCCCCUGAGGCAGGUACUACGGCAGCCCCAGCGCAGGGAGCAGGAGGUGGCAGAGCACCGCGCCCUGCGGGAGCAGACUGCGAUACUGCGUGCAGAGAGGGCCCGCCUGCGCGGGGAGCUGGCAGGGUUACGGGCGCGCCUGGAGCAGAUGGAAGGAGAGACUGUGAAGAGAGAGGGGGCUGCGGCCAGGCUGGGGGCCGAGAAGGAGCAGCUGGAACUGUCGCUGAGCACUCUGCACCAGGAGGUGGACGGGGCCUUUCGGCAGAACCAGCAGCUACAGGCCCAGAUGGCAGAGCUGGAGCAGGCCCAUGCCCAGCGGCUCCGAGAGCUGGCCGCCAAGCACCAGCAGGACCUGGCUGUGGAGGCCAAGCAGCUCCGAGGGGCCCAGCUGCAGGCCACACAGGUCCUGGAGUCCCAGGAGAGAAGCCACCAGCAGCAGGUGGUGGUGCUGGAGCAGCAGGUGGCCAGCCUGAAGGAGCAGCUAGACCAGUAAGAGAAGCAGCGACAGGCCUCCCAGGCCCGCAAAUGAGCUGUCCUGCCCUGCACCUGACCUCUGCCUUGCACCUGACCUCUGCAGA